AGCUGGCAAAGGGAGCGAAGAGGGACAGGGACUCUCAGGAGUGCAGUCACCGAUACCCAAAGCAGCUGUGUCUGGGCGGGGCGAGGAGGAGCCCGAAUGCCUCUGCUGGGGACCUUGGGGGGCAUUGGGACAAGGCCCGGAGAAGAAAGCCAGGAGGGCUGCGACUGAAGGGGCGCUGGCCGGUCACGAGCGGAACCCAUGGAGAGUGAGACCGCUCCUGCCCCGCCUCCCCCCAAACCCCCCGGGGAUUUGCUGUCCCUGCGUCUCUCCGGCGCGCGGCUCUGGGAAUGCCGGGCUGGGGCUGGUUGACUCGUCCGGGCGUUCCCGUUCUCGGGGAGGUCAUUUGCACCCUGAAUCACCUACUGAGAGCCCUUCCAACUGGAUUGCAGACCCGCCCGCUCCGGGCCCACCUUCUCUCUCACCCGGGCCUUUCCGGGCGCAGCCCGGCCCGGCCUGGAAAAACUCCGAGCGGGAUUCCCAGCGCAGGGACGCCCACCGGAGCGCAGCGUCUUAGGCUAGAUAAGAAGGGGACUGGGCCUCGCUCCUUCCCCGACCCUGGGGAAACAGAGAAGGGGAAGGAUUGGGGGAGCCUGGAGGAGCACUGGAUCCCGAGAACGCACCCGUCGCCAGGUCCCCUGCGUCCACUGCCCAGGCGACGCAAGCUACAGAGGCGACAACGCCUGGGCGGCGCUGAGGGCCUGGGCCUGCUCCCUUCCCGCCCCCAGGUAGAGAGCAGUCCUUCGCCUACCUUCUCCUCCCGGUGGGAUGCGGCCCGCGCAGCUCCCGCCCCAGCGCGGAGACAAGCGGAGCAGGCGCGCCGAGCUCCCGGGUGCGGACCCGCCACCUGCCGCACCCUUCCCUCCUCCACCCUGCCCCUUUCCCCACCCACACCCCACCUCCCACCCCAACCCCCGCUCGGCGCCCCACUCCCGACCCUGCCUGCCCGGGCACCUCGGGGCGUCUGCUCGCCAGCGUCGCCUCCACUUGUCCCGGCAGGCGCGCGUGGGAUCGCCGACCCGCGCUCCCUCCUAGACCGCGCGGCUCCCGCGCUGCCCGGUUUCCUGUUCAACAAUAUCAACAGGGAGGCACCGGAGGAGAGCGCCCAGCAGAACUUCCUCCCGGACUGGGGCUGGGCUGAGGUUGCGAGAGACAAUCCCCGGUGUCCUGGCUUCCUGUCCCCUCUGGGCCCGGCCGGCGCUUGA